AGCAAUGUGCACUUUAUUAUGGCCUCAGAGAAUCAGGUUGCCCGACUUUUGGGUUCACUAGACGCUGCUAUGGAGGAAGUGACCCUGCUGGAAAAGAAAUUGGACACCUACCAUCAGUUCAUAGCGGAUGUAGAGGAGUCUAUGUCGGGCCUGCAGGAUCGCGACCAACUGGCCCAGAUAACCAGUGACAACCGGCGCCUUCUGCUGGAGACCCUAGAACACCUGGUUUCUAAGCUGUCCCUCAACUCA